AGUGAAGCCCAAUGCACUAAGUUAUUUUCUUCCUCUGACCAGUUUCAUCUCUUUGCUCUCGACAAAGCAGCUGAGCGACUUUUGCACAUUUCUAGGGUUCCAAUCAAAAUCUAUCUGCAACAAAAAUGGCUAAUCGUUUCAGAUCAGGGAUCUCCUUCUUCAAGACCAUCGCCGUAACAGAUUCUGUCUCCUCCGUUAGAUCCAAGUCGCUUUUCCCAGCGUUGAGAACUUAUGCAACUGCUUCUGCUCAAACAACCGCUAAUGUUAAGGUGCCUAUUGCUUUAGUUGGUGAAAAUGGGAACUUUGCUUCAUGGCUAUACAUUGCAGCUGUGAAAAUGAAUUCCUUGGAAAAGAUUGAGACGGAUCUUUCUGAGAUGAUUGAGGCAAUGAAGACAGCUCCUAUUUUUGCUCAGUUUACAAAGGAUCCCUCUGUUCCUAGAGGGACAAGAUUGGCUGCUAUUAGGGAUGCUUGUGAUCAAGCAAAGUUUGCCGAACCCACUAAGAACUUCCUCUCUUUGUUAGCUGAGAAUGGAAAGCUGAAGAACCUAGAUGCCAUUGUGAAGAAAUUUAUGCAGCUGACAAACGCACAUAGGGGAGAUGUCAAAGUUUUGGUUACCACAGUCAUUCCGCUUCCCCCUGCUGAGGAGAAAGAACUGACUGAGACGCUUCAGGAGAUCAUUGGAGCAGGGAAGAAAAUCACUGUGGAACAAAAGAUUGAUCCAAGUAUCUACGGUGGACUAAUCGUAGAGUUCCAACAAAAGGUGUUGGACAUGUCAAUCAGGACAAGGGCACAACAGAUGGAGAGGCUCCUCCGUGAACCUGUUGACUUCAACAACCUCUGAAAAUCUUGAGAGAAAUUUCCCCCAAGAAAACAUGCUUGUGAUGAAUGCCACCAAUUGACAAAUAAAUAUGGACCCUCCUGGGAAACAAUAUAAUAGCUGGCCACUUCUCUCCCUUUGAAUUUUGUCAUUUGCUUUUUACAUAUUGUUGUUUGCUUCGAAAUAAAGCUUUUCGAGACAUCAAAUUUCAAUGAGAUUGUUUUUGUUUAGAUUUGAAUCGUUGGGCUAAUUUGGUAAAUAAAUCUACAAACUAUGCCCAAGUAGCUUAUUCAUACUCACGAAUGAACAUUAAGAUGCCACGAAGCUA